AUGCCGGGAAAUGACCGUGUUUUCGCCAACAACGGCUUGCCCGACUACAAGUUCCUGCGCCGCCACUUCCGCCAGCAAGGACGGCUUUCUGAGGAGCAGGUGCUGCUGAUUCUGGAAAUGGCCGCCGCCGCGUUGCGAAAAGAGCCCAAUAUGGUGCGUGUGUCCGCGCCGGUGACGGUUUGCGGCGAUGUGCAUGGCCAAUUCUACGAUCUGUGCAAGCUAUUUGAGAUCUGCGACGAUCCCGACAAGACCUCGUACCUGUUUCUCGGAGACUACGUGGACCGCGGCUCGUACUCACUGGAGUGUUUGCUGCUGCUGUACGCGAUGAAAAUAAACCAUCCGGACACUUUCUUCAUGCUACGUGGCAACCACGAGUCUGAGCAGAUGACGUCGUUCUUCACGUUCAAGGACGAAUGUCUCAAAAAACACAGUCUGGCCGUGUACGAGAAAUCGCUCGAGUCAUUCAAGGCGCUUCCGCUGGCCGCGCUGAUGGACAGCCAGUUUUUCUGCGUCCAUGGCGGGAUAUCGCAGCACUUGCGCUGGCUACGCGAUCUCGAUAAGAUCGACCGUUUCGUGGCCAACUUCCCGUCGUCGGGGCUGUACUGCGACCUGAUGUGGGCCGACCCGUCGAACGACUACGACUCGGCCGCGGACGAGCCGGACUUUGUUGAGAACUACGAGCGCGGCUGCUCGUAUAUGUUCUCUUUCCGCGCCGUCGAGACGUUUUUGAAGGAUAACGGGCUUUUGAGCGUGAUCCGCGCGCACCAGGCCCAGGACUCGGGCUAUCGCAUGUACAAACGGACGAUAGCGCAAAGAUUUCCGUCCAUGAUCACGCUGUUCUCUGCCCCCAACUACUGCGGCACAUAUGGCAACAAAGCAGCAGUGCUCCGCUAUGACCGGUCUUUAAUGAACAUCCGGCAGUUUGGGUCGCAGCCAGAGCCCUACCGGCUGCCAAACGGGCUGGAUGCGUUCACGUGGUCGAUUCCGUUCGUUGCCGAGCGCACAUCGGACAUUCUGCUGCAGCUGCUCAACAUCUGCUCGGCCGAGGAGCUGGGCGGCGGCACAAACGAGGCCGAGGCAGAAGCCAGACCCAUGGACUACGCAGCGCUGCGCAAAAAGAUCCUGGCAAUCGGCAGGGUGUCGAGAAUGUUCAACAUGCUGCGAGAAGAGGCCCAGAAGGUGGAGCAGCUGCGCACGCUGGCGGGCGGAGACGCGCUGCCGAAGGGCGUGCUGCUCAACGGGCAGGACGAGUUGGACCGCAAGCUGACGUCGUUCGAGCACGCGAGGCUCGCCGAUCUGCCCAACGAGGCCAUGCCUCGCAAAUGA